UGCACUUGUAAUGACCAAAUGAUGAUGGUUUUUAUUGUUUAUGUUCUUUUAAUCUUCUUCACUCGACGUGCUUUCUUCCUCUUCAUUUAUCAUUUUCACCUUAUCGGUCGUUGUUCUGCUAUAGUUACUUUGCAUCUCUGUCAAUUCAGUGAUCAUUUUCUACAAGAUAAAAAGUAUAUUAUUCCUUAGCUCUCGAAUGUAAAUUUCUCCGCCCCUUCUAUCUUUCCUUUUUAUUUAGCAUCUUACCAUAACCAAAUCCAAACUACGGAGAAGUUUUAGUAGUAUGGUACCAUCUCUCAAAUCGGCGUAUGUGCGAGGAUAUCGGAAAUCACAUACUUCUUGUAACGUAUA